AUGAUCAGCUUUACCAUCCAAGAAGGACUGGACAUCACUGACGCUAUGAUACAUGAUACCGCCUCACUGUUUUCAGAGAAUUACGGCAUCUGGGGUGCUGCUGCUCAAGGCAGGCGACAAGGUCAACGCGUACGCUCCAGUCCUGCGCGCCUCAGAUCUGACUGCUUACCCGAAGCACCUGCGCGCAAUUUUCUUGUUCAAGCCAAAGAUGCUGAUGUUUUGAUCGGUCAUGUUCUCGCUACUAGGUGGACAUUCGAAGACCUCGGAAUGUGUUGGAUAACUCAGCUUUGCGUUCGCAAGAGGUACAGGCACCAAGGGUUGGCGACAAUGGUAANNCUUCUGGCCAAGCUGAGCGAAUGCAGCAACGACCAUGGUUUCGGCAUCUUAUCCUCUCAUCCAUUUGCGCUAUCGGCCGCUCUUCGUGCUUUCGGCGGUGGAAUCGACCAGGUGAAGGAAUGCACCAUCAGCCCCCAGAUAAGAGACAUCAUGGCAUCGUGCCCUGUCAACUAUGUCCGCACUGCCAAGCUCCAUGGCUCUUUGUUCGAUAGCAAGGUGACUGAUGGCACAGUCUCGUGCGCAGACACUAAAUUCUUCGUUGACCACGCAGAACCCGACGCCGCGUUGGAUGCAAUUCAGCGCAAAGGUAUCAAGUGGCUUUUUGGGCGGCUGCCAGAGGGACAUGAGUUCCUCGUCUUCAUAGAACGUCCAUAG